AUGGUUUCCCUAGAGGAGGUGCAUGCAUCCAACGCAUGUGUCGCAUCGGAGCUGCCGUCAGGUCUGAUCGCAGUAUUCGUGGGGGCGACAAGCGGCAUCGGCGAGUACACAUUGAAGCAAUUCGCCAAACAUGCACGGCGGCCUCGCAUUUACUUUGUUGGCCGUUCUAAAGAGGCUGGGGAGCGUAUCGCAACCGAGUGCAAGGCAUCGAACCCUGAGGGUUCCUUCACCUUCAUCAGAGCCGAUGUCAGCCUCAUCCGAACCGUUGAUGAAGUGUGCAAUGACAUCAAGCAUAAGGAGGACGUCAUCAACCUAUUAUUCCUCAGUGCAGGAGUAAUAGUCAAGAGCCAAGAAACUUCCGAAAACCUCCCUCUCAUAUCUUCGAUCGUGUACUAUUCACGGACACGUUUCAUCAUGAAUUUGCUACCCCUUCUUCGACGAGCCACCGGCCUCCGGCGCGUCGUCAGCACUUUCGCAUCUGGCGUGGAGGGGGCAAUCGACACGACAAAUUUACCAGCUAGGAACCUGUCCCUCAUCCCGUGGCGCAAUCAGAUGGUCUCAAUGAUCACACUGUCCCUAGAAGCCUUUGCGAAGCAAGCCCCUGAAGUGAGCUUUAUCCACAACGGCCCCAGUGCGGUGAAGUCGGGCAUAUCGCGCGACGUCCGGGGCCCCGGCAUGUUCAUCGUGAAGCUUGCCUUCAUGGUUAUCAGCCCCUUCGUAAAUAUCGACCCCGAAGAGUGCGGAGACCGCCAUGUGUUCCUCGCGACGAGCGCAAGAUAUCCUCCGCGUCAGAGCGGGGACUCGGCCGCUGCUGGGGUGUCGUUGCAGGGGCAGUUGGCCGUUGCCACCGGGACAGAUGGGAAAGUGGGAAGUGGAGCGUACGCCAUCGACCCCAAGGGAGAGAGCGUUGCAGAAAAGAUUGAGGGCUUGUUCACUCGGUUCAGGAGCGAUGGGACAGCAGACAAGGUGUGGAAGCACACGGAGGAGGUAUUGAAGAGCAUCACGGAGUCUGGGCAUGCAUGA